CCAGCCAAUAUUGGAGCCUCCUGUCCUGUAAUCUUCUUUCUUGUAUUGUUAACAAAAUCCAGUUUCACUCUCUUUGGUUUUUGGUAUAUCAUUCAUCCAUUCAUUCAUCCACAAACUUCCAUUUUUUGGGAUAUCAUUCAUUCUUUCAUUCAUCCACAAACUUCCAUUUUUCAAGCUUUUUCAGUGAAUAAAAAUGGAAUUGGAACAAGUAAGGCAAGGACAAGAAGAGCAAGAGCAAGAGCAUCCACUCCAUAACCCUCUUCUCUCCCCAUACAAGAUGGGAAACUUCCUACUUUCUCAUAGAGUUGUCUUGGCGCCAUUGACUAGGCAGAGAUCUUUCAACAACGUUCCUCAACCACAUGCUAUCUUAUAUUACUCACAGAGGACCAGCAAAGGAGGUCUUCUCAUUUCCGAAGCCACUGGGAUUUCUGAUACUGCACAAGGAUAUCCAUUUACACCUGGUAUAUGGACAAAGGAGCAAAUUGAAGCCUGGAAACCGAUUGUAGAUGCUGUUCAUGCAAAGGGUGGUGUGUUCUUUUGUCAGAUUUGGCAUGUGGGAAGAGUUUCAAAUCAAGGUUUUCAGCCAAACGGGCAGGCUCCAAUCUCCUCUACAGACAAGUUGUUGACUCAAGCUCGAGCUAAUGGUUUCAAUGUUUCAGAAUUUUCACCUCCACGGAAACUCAGGACUGAUGAAAUUCCUCAAAUUGUUAAUGAUUUCAGACUCGCUGCAAGGAAUGCAAUGGAAGCUGGUUUUGAUGGGGUUGAAAUCCACGGAGCUCACGGUUACCUAGUAGACCAGUUUCUGAAAGACCAAAUUAAUGACCGAACCGACAAGUAUGGAGGCUCUUUGGAGAACCGUUGCCGAUUCGCACUUGAUAUCGUUGAAGCCAUUGUCAAUGAGAUAGGAGCCGAUAAAGUUGGAAUUAGGCUCUCUCCAUUUGCAAAUUACAUGGAAUCCGGGGACUCAAAUCCAAAAGCUCUAGGUCUUUACAUGGCGGAAUCAUUAAAUAAAUAUGGUAUUCUAUAUUGCCACAUGGUUGAGCCUAGAAUGAAAACGGUUGGAGAAAAAUUUGAAAGCCCCGACACGGUUUUGCCAAUGAGGAAGGCUUUCAAGGGCACUUUCAUUGCUGCGGGAGGUUAUGACAGAGAAGACGGUAUGAGAGCCGUGGCAGAGAACCAUGCGGAUCUUGCCGCGUAUGGUCGGUUGUUUCUGGCGAAUCCGGAUUUGCCAAGGAGGUUUGAGCUCAAUGCUCCUCUUAACAAGUACAAUAGAGAGACCUUCUAUAGUGCUGAUCCUGUUGCUGGUUAUAUUGAUUAUCCAUUUCUUGAAGAAACCAAUGCUUAAAAUAUCUUCUUCUGGGGUUGGAUUACAGUCAUUGUUGUCAAGAUUUUAGGAUUCACUGUUUAAAAUAAAUUCUUUUCACUUUUUUGUUUUAGAACUGUUGUAUCAGUGUAAUAGAAUAAUACACUCAUAUGUUUCUGGUCACUUUGAUUGUUUAAGUGGUAGCAAUGUAGUUAUUAUUUGACAGAAGUGAAUUGGAAGCCAGAAAGUCCUGUAUGUUCGAGUGGAUGCACCUCUUUUAACUUUUUUUCCCCUUCUAUUUUGCUUC